AUGUCUCAAUACAUGUAUCUGCGACAACUUAUAUUUUGCUUGUACCUCAUUUUUGGAACAGGAUUAUCAGCGUUUCAUGUCGAUAAGAAAACAACAAAGUUUCCAAUUCGAAUCCUAUCAGCGUCUACGGAGGCGUGGUGGGAUGACACAUGGUAUGAAGUGGAAUUUGAAACCACGACGGAACACAAGACUAAGGUUGUCUGGUUCUUGCAUCAUAUGGAUAAAAAAAUUCCGAUAGUUUUUGGUGAUCCCUCAUUUUCCUCCUCCUUGUCCUAUCAAUGGCCUUACAAAAACCGACGUGUUGCCAGACUAAGGUCCAGAAAAGAAAUGAGCACUCUUACCGAAACGAUCCUAGAAUUUGCAGUUACUCAUCACCAGUCGACUGUAACUAUUACUUUUGAUGGUCUCAAGAAUUUAAAUGCCACGACCACUCAAACUUUUGAUGAUUUUGAGUUUGACAUUUCUGUGGUAAACUCAACCCAAACAAACGAUACGACAAACAUUAAGUUUGAAGCAUCGUAUGAGGUAUCAGGGAGUUCAAAGAAUGUAAAUGAUAAAUUAGUGUUGUCCAGAUACAUUGUGGAGGAAAUCGACAACAUUACAGGUCAGACUGGUGUAAAAUUUUCAAGCAACGUCAGGAAAGUGCAGGACGAUAUACCGACUACAUAUUCCUUGGAAUACAACGACAACGCCCUCUUUCUUGAUAUAACAGAAAUAAACAUAGCUUUCGAAUCUGAUGCUGUGAUUAAGAAAAUGGUUUUGCGAUCUGAGUACCAUUUCUGGGAAGGGGAUCCUCGACCGCCAUUGAAUGGUAUAGGUCUGUUUGAGGAAUAUGAUAUUACCACUCACGAUAAAAAGGCCAUCAAAAUCGUUCACUGUGAUGGUAUUGGUGACGUCAACAUUAGAAUAGGUCUUCGUGGAAAGACUGGCGUUGCAGACAUACCACCUGGACAGAUUCCGGAAGUCCAGAUUAAUUACGGGUACUUCCGGGAGGCGUUCGCCUUACUGAGGUAUUACUCAGGAAAACUGGAGGACUAUGAAGCCUAUUGUUAUCUUCAAUAGGCCACAGAUAUUUACAAUAUAACAUAACGAAAUAUAUUCAAAAUCUGAUAAUGCUUGUGUAUGUAUCAUGGGUCCAUUAAAAGUGACAAACAAAUACUAUGUACAACAAUAGUAUCAAUUUCAAAUUGCAUUAAUCUGUUGAAGAAAAUUGUAUAGGAGAUUUAGAAAAAAUAUUA